CGCGACGCGUUUCCGGUUCCUGGGUCGGCCUCGCUCAGCGCUCGUCGUGUUGCCGCGUGAGCUGCCGCCGUGGUGCUAGAGAAGGAGGGAGGAGGAGGAUGAUGAUGAUGAUGAUGGCGGAGCUGGCGCAGGGACAGGCCUCAGUAGCAGCAGCCGCGGCAGCAGCAGCAGCAGCGGCUCAGCCCGGAAUGAAGACAGACGGCUUCGCCGAUGCUUUGCACCGGGCGCGACAGAUUGCGGCUAAAAUGGGCGGAGAACAGAUGCCCCAUCUGAACCACUCUUCCCCUGUUGUCGACCCCUCGAUUUAUGGCUACGGAGGGCAGAAACGCUCCCUAGAUGAAGGAGUUGCAAACCAGCUUGGAGCGAUGGUACAUCCAAGGGCUAUAAUAACAGAAGACUUCAAAGUGCCUGAUAAGAUGGUGGGCUACAUUAUUGGCCGUGGUGGUGAGCAGAUCACUCGAAUCCAAUUGGAAUCCGGGUGCAAGAUCCAGAUUGCUGCCGACAGUGGAGGUAUGAUGGACCGGCCUUGCACCUUGACCGGGAGUCCAGAGAGCAUUGACCAGGCGAAGCGUCUGCUCAGUCAGAUCGUGGAGCGAUGCCGGAACGGGAACGAAACCAGCCAGGACGUCUUGAUUCCCGCCAGCAAAGUGGGUCUCGUUAUCGGGAAAGGAGGAGACACCAUUAAACAACUUCAGGAGAGGACAGGAGUGAAGAUGGUCAUGAUUCAGGAUGGUCCCAUGCCCACUGGAGCUGACAAGCCCUUGAGAAUCUCUGGCGAUCCCUACAAAGUGCAGCAAGCACGAGAGCUGGUAGCAGAGAUCAUCCGGGAUAAGGACCAGGGAGACUUCAGGGCUGGACGACUGGGAGACUUCGGCUCAAGGCUGGGAGGAACCAGUCUGGAUGUGGCGGUUCCCAGGUUCGCUGUGGGCAUAGUCAUCGGCAGGAACGGAGAGAUGAUCAAGAAGAUCCAGAACGAUGCCGGUGUGAGGAUCCAGUUCAAACCUGACGACGGAAUCAGUCCCGAGCGGAUCGCUCAGGUAAUGGGACAGCCGGAUCGAUGUCAGCACGCGGUUCACCUCAUCAACGAGCUGGUCCACACAGCACAGGAGCGUGAUGGGUUUGGAGGUGCUCUGGGUCCCCGUGGUCGGGGGCGAGGUCGUGCUGACUGGAACAUGGCUCCGGGAGGACUGCAGGAAGUGACCUACACGAUACCGGCAGACAAGUGUGGCCUUGUGAUUGGGAAAGGUGGAGAGACUAUUAAGAACAUCAACCAGCAGUCUGGAGCUCAUGUGGAGCUGCAGAGAAACCCUCCUCUCAACACCGACCCCAACGUGCGCAUCUUCUCCAUCAGAGGAACUCCACAGCAGAUGGAGAUGGCCAGGCAAUUGAUCGAUGAGAAAAUCGGGGCCUCAGGGAUGGGAGGCAGCAGCAGCUUCGGCCUGAGUCCCUUCACCCAAGGGCCGAGCAACCCGCACCAGAACGGACCGCAGACUUUCAUGACAGGAGGUUGGGGUACUACAUACCAGACAUGGCAGCCUCAGGGCCAGCAGGACCCCAGUCACAAUGGCUCACAGACAGGACAGAUGGAUUAUUCCAAAGCAUGGGAGCAGUAUUAUAAGAAGCUAGGUCAGCAGAGCCAAGCACAAAACACUGGUCCCGACUACAGCAAAGCUUGGGAGGAGUAUUAUAAGAAACAGGGUCAGGCUCCAGGUCCUGGCUCUCAGCAGAGCUCCACUCCUGACUACAGUGCUGCCUGGAUGGAGUAUUACAGACAGCAGGGGGCUUAUUAUGGGCAGGGGGCACAGCACUCGCAGGCUCCAGGCCUUCAGGUAUGGACAGAGACGCAUGAGGACACAGACACAUGAGGGGACAGAUACGGCAUAGAUAUAGAACACUGGAUCAUUAGAGCGGAUACCUUUUCGUUGAAGAUUUUUGAAUGAUUCAGAAGAUGAAACAAACCUUUUGUAACAGAGGUUUCUAGAUUUGCAACGCCUUGAAGACUUUUACUUUUUUUUUCCUUAGUGAGAAACACUAGCUGUAGAAUGACUUAUACAAUUAAAAAGUAAGAAAUAUUUCUAAAUCAGGAACGUAAAAAAAAAAUUGUUACUAAAUACUUGUGUACACCAUUAUUUGAAUGAACAAUAUCCGGGAUUCCUUUUUGGACAAACAGAGCUGUUUUUUUUUGUUUAUUUGUUUGUUUUUUUCUUCUUUUCUUUGUUUUGUUUAUUAUUGGGGGUUUUUUUCUAUCUUUUUAAUUCAAGUGAAAUGGCCAAAACGAAGCCCGGAAUUGUGACAUUUCAGCAAUCGCAAUAUAAUCUAUUUUUUCUAGUUCUGUUGCAAUAAACUCGUAAUUGCCGGCUUAGCAGUCUUGAAUCCAUUUUCGUUUUGUUCUUGUCUUGAGAUGUUUUAAGAAUGUGUUUAAGAAAACAAAAUACGUUUUUUUUUUCUUUCUUUUCCUUUUUACAUAAAGCAAUUUUUAAUUCAGUGUGAUGAUUAAAAAAAAACUGUGAUAUUUUGUUACAGGAAAAUGUGUUCUUUUGUUACACGAUAUAACGAGUGAUGAUGGCAAACCGCAGUCGAUUCCUAAUUUAAUUCCUCUUGUGUUUUGUAUUCUGUUUUUCAUUGUCAUUUUAUUGUACUCUGGUUUAAAAAAAGGUGCAAUAUCUUAUUUCAUAUUUGAAACAAAGAUGGAUUUCUAAUAUUUUGACAGAUGUUUAACAUGUAGUUCUUAGAAUAUUUUUUUUUUUUUAGGCGUAUGGAAAUGUAAUGGCUAAUUUUUUUAUUACCUUGAUCUGAUAUGGGAAAUGGGGGGGGGGAUCUUUGCAUCUUGCAUAUUGUGAGUUUAUUGCCUUUGCUAUCUUGUAAAACUAUGUAUGUACACUCAGAUACUUGACUAAAUACUUUAUUUAAAUAUAUAUGUAAUUAAAAAUCAAAGAAGUUUUUUUUUUUUUCCUCAUGGAGUCAUUUUUGCAGGAAAACUGUCCCUGUUUUUCUGUCUCUGUUUUCAUACUGAAAUUUUUUCAAAGAUCGUGAAUGUGUAAUUUGAAAUUUGAUGUUGCAUCUUGAUAUUAUGGACAAAAAAGAACUGAUAGGUUUUUAUGUAUGUUCUGUACUUUAACCCAUUCAAGACUGCUAAGCCUUCCGAAUCCUGUCUGUGUAUUAAUUGUAGGUUUUUUUUUUCUUUUUAUAUAUAUAUAUAUUCUAAGUAUUAAGAUCAAACUUGUCUUAUUUGGUACCAGCCGGCUCCCCGUCACCCCUCCACCAGUACACACUGUGGACUCGUGUACAGUCCGAUGCUAAUAACUUUUUAAGUAAAAUAAAUAUUUUUUUUUUCUUUUUUUUCUUUUCUGCUCUGUGUGAUCUAAUAUAUGUAUGAAUGAUUAGUCAUGAAUCAAAGCUAGUAUUAACUUCAUCGCUUAAUGAAAAGGGAUAUUAUAAUUUUGAGGUUUUAAUUUUAGUGUUUUUUUUUGUUUUGUUUUGUUUUUCCCCUCAUGUGUACAGGUAACCGUGUAUUAAAAACAUCAAAAGACUA